UUUUAAUUUUUAUUAUAAUGUCUUCUAAGUUGCAUUUUUAAUCAUACUUUUAGCACUUAUUUGACUGAAAGACAAAAAAUAAACACGAGCUUAUAUAAAAUUUUAAUUUUAAAAAUAUUAACCAAACAUAUCAUAAUUGAAUUUGAUGAUAAAAAAACUAUCAUAAUUUAAUAAUUUCAUAGUUGAUUCAAUAAAAUAAAGAAAUUGAUUAUUUUUUCCUGAUUUAUCAACCUCAAAAAAGAAAAGAAAAGAAAAGAAUGAAAUUGAAAGGAAAAAAGAAAAGAAAAGAUGAAGGAUAUAUUUUUUUAAAAAGUACAAGUAUGAAGAGCAUAAUGUACAUUAGACAUGAACACGCACGGAAUCAGCGAUUUUUUAAUUUUUAAAAUUUUUAAAAAUUAUAAAAAAAUAGAAAAUUAAAUAGUAUAAGAUUAUUUUAGGAUAGUUGGAGUGAGUUAUAAAGGUCUUUUAAAAUAACUAUAAGUAAUUAUAAAAAUAAAUUUGACAUAAUUAUACAAAUAUUUUAAAAAAAUUAUAAAUAAUUUAAAAAUAAUUAUUAAUACUUACAAGACUAAAUUUGAUAUUUUAUGACAUUUAAAAAGGGAAUUCUCGCUAUAGAAAUACGGAGGGCGGCAGAUGCCGUAAAAAUAUAGCGAUUUAAAUUCUCACCAAGAAGGCCGUCACGCUGGCAGUUACGUCUCGUCGGUUAGUCGCCGCCGGAGGCUUUUACACCCAAACUGCGCUUUUCCGUCCUUGUGGGGCCUCCGAGUGGGCCCCACCGGUUUGCCAGCGCAAAAGAAGAAUAUGCUUUGCUCUGCUCUGCUAAUAUUCCCUUUCUCCUCUGCAGAGUCGAGACGGACGAUUUUGGUCUGCUCGUCAUCAUCCAUUCCCGCCGCCCCCUCCUCGUCAUCAACUCCAUCGUGUCUCUCUGUUUCGUCUCUUUUGAUUCUUUCUGUGUUGUUUGCACUAGUCUGGGUUCCUGAAUUUAAAGGUUGAGGAUAUGGAGCUGGUUCAGGAUCUCUUCGUCACGGCCUCUUUCGCCCUGCUUUUCUCUUUCAUCAUCGCCAAGCUCGUGUCAAUGGCUGUCUCCGGUGAUGCUGCGCGCGAUUCCGAGUUGAAAUCGAGGGAGAAUGCCUCCCCGGAAGAGGUGAGGUCCGGAGAAAGAUUGAGGGUUGGGGGUUUCGCAAGCGAACGAAGAGUGGACUUUCUUGGAGAAGCUACAGGCAAGGUCAAUGAAUUGAAGGGCGAUGAAUUUGUUGGAGGGUCUGAGUCUGAUCGAGCUGAGCUAAAUUUGCGGUCACUUCACGGCGGGGAAGUGGUGGAGGAGCAGUGUCGUGAAGUGGUGGGCGUAGGUGAUGUCGGUCGGAUUGAGGCGGCAGAAAGCUCGAAAGAGGAAUCUGAUCUUGUAGGGGUUUCGGAGAAGCUAUCGGACGCGGCGGAGAUAGCCGGGGUUUCUGAAUUAGAGGGUAUUGAGGGAAAAGAGGUGGGUAGUGGUGGUUUAGAUAGUUUGGUUGCUGAGGAAAAGGAAGAGAACACAGAGGGCGAUGAGAUUGGGAAGGGGGAGCUGGGCACUGGAAGGGACAGCUUUGUUGUUCAACAAUGUGAAGAUGUUGAGGUUGUGAAGGAUGGAAAGGAUCAGGGAAGUGGAGGAGAGGACGAGGAUGAAUGGGAGGGGAUUGAGAAAAGUGAGUUGGAGAAAGUUUUUGCUGCUGCAACAAAGUUUGUUGGCGUAGGGGGCGAGGAGGAUCGAUUGGCGAAUGUGAGCGGUGAUGUGCAGAUGCAGUUGUACGGGCUUCACAAGGUUGCCAUGGAAGGCCCUUGUUAUGAGUCUCAACCCAUGGCACUGAAGGUCUCUGCCCGUGCUAAGUGGAAUGCUUGGCAAAAACUCGGGAGCAUGAGUCCGGAGGAGGCUAUGGAGCAAUAUGUUGCCCUUCUUUCAGAUAAUUUCCCUGGUUGGAAAGGAGACAUUUAUGCUGGAGAUAGCUCAGAAGCAUUAUUGCAUGGUGUUUUAGAUCCCAACUUAAGCACAUCACUGCACCACGAAUCAAAGCCUGCACAUGAAAGAACCUAAGUGUGGUAAUGAUGGAUGUGGCUUGGAAGGAGGUUUCAACUCUGUAAAUAAGGACAAAGAAUGACAGUUGUUGGAUUGUGCAUGAUCUCCUGAACCACAAUGGGCAUUUUCAUCGAUUUGCUUGACCAGAGUCGGGAUUGAUUACUAUUGCCGAGUGCAGGAUUGUGCUUCAAUAAUUAGAGGUUAUUCUUCUGGUUGUGCUACCAUUUGUUUAGCCGCAUACCAUCAUGUGUUUAUAAUAACAAUUGUGUAUGUAUUGUGCAUAUACGCGUCUAUAAACUACAAGUAUUUGUUUUUCUCAACGUUUCUGGUGGCUAAGAUGCUGGUGUGAUAUGAAAUAAAUAAUGACUUCAACA